AUGCACCGUCCACAGCCAUCAUCAUCGCCACUGGAUGCAGCUACGAUAGAGAGGCUAGGGCGAGAACGACCCCCCAUCUUCUCGAGUAUCUGGUCUGAGUUGGCCUUCUGCUUUUCUAUCAUUAUGUGUCAAGUUCUGGCAGAAUACUACAUUUCCGGCUCCAAUGUCCUUCUUCCGACGCUCCUUGACGAGCUAGAUAUCCCCUCGGCACUGUCAAUCUGGCCGUCCACCGCUCUCUCCCUCGCGGUUACGUCUACCCUCCUCAUCUAUGGCCGCCUCGCGGACAUGUACGGCGGGUUCAUUAUGUACUUUGGGGGAAUGGUGUGGCUGACUGUCACCUCCCUCAUUGCCGGAUUCUCUCAAAACUGGAUGAUGUUGUUUGUGUUUCGUGGUCUGCAGGGGCUGGGCUUAGCUUCCUUCCUUCCCUCCAGCAUCAUGAUUCUCGGAAAGGUCUAUCGCCCUGGGCCGCGCAAGAACCUUGUCUUCAGUGUUUAUGGCGCCUGCGCAGCGCUGGGAUUCUUUGCUGGAAUUUUCUUCUCGGGUCUCGCAGGCAGCUUCCUCACCUGGCGCUGGUAUUUCUAUAUCGGCUCAAUACUGUCUGCCAUUACGGCUCUUUCGUCAUACUUCUCGAUUCCAAAUGAUUAUUCCGCCACGAGAGCGUCGUCAAAGGCUUCAAUGGACUGGAUAGGGGGUAUAUUGCUUGUUCCCGGGGUCGUACUAUUUGUCUUUGCGAUUGCGGAUAGCGCGCACGCGCCGCAGCAGUGGCGAACACCGUACAUCCUUGUCUGUCUCAUCCUAGGCGCUGUCAUCUUAGGUGCCUUCGUCUACGUGGAGGGCUGGGUGGCCGAUAAGCCUUUGCUGCCCGGAGAUUUGUUUUCUGUCAAGUACAUGAAACCGAUCGUGAUCUGUCUGCUGCUCAUGUACGGCAGCCUGGGAAUUUUCCUUCUCUAUGCUGCGCUCUACAUGGAAGGUAUAAUGGGCGCAACCCCACUCCAAGUCGUCGCCUGGACGACCCCGAUGGCCGUGGGCGGCCUGAUAAUAUCGAUAGUCGGGGGCCACAUCCUUCAUAGUUUGAGCGGAACCCUUCUCAUUAUUCUUUCAGCCCUGGGCUACUUAGGCUCAGGCCUUCUCUUUGCGGUGAUCCCCAGGGGAGGCAACUACUGGGCCUUCGUGUUUCCGGCCAUGAUCUGCGGGACGAUCGGCAUUGACAUCAGCUUCAACGUGACCAAUAUCUUCAUCACAACGAAUAUGCCCGGGGAGCGCCAGGGGCUGGCGGGGGCGUUGAUAAACUGCACCCUGCACAUGGGCAUUGCCGUCAUGUUGGCCUUCGCGGACCUCAUCCAAGUCUACACGGAGGAGUACCUGAACACAAAAGAGAGCUACCAGGCUAUCUUUUGGUUCCAGGUUGGGCUGUCAGGGCUAGCAUUGAUCUUGAGCGCGCUGUUCGUCAGGAUUGAGCGCGCCAAGAGUGACCUGACGGUUGAUGAGAAGCGGAGGUUGCAGAUGGAGCAGGAGGGCAUUUUAGAGGAUCCUUGA